UUAGGCACCAAAAGGAAGAAAAUUGACUGAAACUGGGAGGGAAUACCUGUUCUUGUCCAAUAACAAAUGCACAUUUUUGUUUUCUGUUGCAAAAUGUUUUGCUACAUUUUAGUCAUUUAGCAGAUGCUCUUAUCCAGAGCGACUUACAGUUAGUGAGUGCAUACAUUUUUUUUCAUACUGGUCCCCCGUGGGAAACGAACCCACAACUCUGGCGUUGCAAACGCCAUGCUCUACCAACUGAGCUACACGACAUUGUGUACUAAUGAACAGGACCCUGUUGUUUACAACGUUAUUUGACCGUUUAGAGAGGAAUACUGGUUCCUUGUCACUAUAUGAAACUCUAUGAAAGUAAGAAUUGGUUUAUCAUGUAUUUUCAGUGAAGAGAACCUUAUACCAUACGCCCCAGAGAUGCCCAUCCUCACAGAGUGGUUCAUCAACUACAAUCAGACCGUAUCGAGAGUGAAAGGAAUCUACACUGCCCCCUCUGGCCUGGAGUCCACAUGUCUGGUGAGUCUAUGGUCUAUUACAGUGGUUCACAACCUGUUUCGGCUACUGUACCACCAAGUACAUUUUGCUCUGCCCAGAGUACUCUUGAAGUACCCCCUCAUGUGCAUUUGACCAGUAAGCCUAUGGUCUCAUGAGUCUUCUUAAGUACCCCCUGUGGAUCCUAGGUACCCCCUGGGGAUAGGUGAAGUACCCCCAGGGAUCCUAGUACCCCCUGGGGAUAGGCCAAGUACCCCCAGGGAUCCUAGUACCCCCUGGGGAUAGGCCAAGUACCCCCAGGGAUCCUAGUACCCCCUGUGGAUAGGCCAAGUACCCCCAGGGAUCCUAGUACCCCCUGUGGAUAGGCCAAGUACCCCCAGGGAUCCUAGUACCCCCUGUGGAUAGGCCAAGUACCCCCAGGGAUCCUAGUACCCCCUGUGGAUAGGCCAAGUACCCCCCAGGGAUCCUAGUACCCCCUGUGGAUAGGCCAAGUACCCCCAGGGAUCCUAGUACCCCCUGGGGAUAGGCCAAGUACCCCCAGGGAUCCUAGUACCCCCUGUGGAUAGGCCAAGUACCCCCAGGGAUCCUAGUACCCCCUGGGGAUAGGCCAAGUACCCCCAGGUCUUAGUACUCCUGGUUGGGAAACACUGGUCUAUUGCACUUUAUUAUCUUCAAUGUAUCAAGUCUGGACUUCCUUCUGCACUUCCAAGGCCAUGGUACACUGACAAUGCAGAGCCAAUGUAGAUGAAAUGAAGAUGCAACUAUAAUGUAGGUAAAAUACUAAAUAUUUAACAUGGAAAUGUAUGUUUUGUUACAGGUGGUUGCGUACGGUCUUGACAUCUACCAAACCAGAGUGUACCCCUCCAAGCAGUUUGACGUGCUGAAAGAUGACUAUGAUUACGUCCUGAUCAGCAGUGUUCUGUUCGCACUGUUCUUCGCCACCAUGAUUAGUAAACGCCUGGCACAGGUCAAACUGCUCAACCGGGCCUGG